UGUGGCGAACCACUGGAGUGAAUUAUUUUUAGUGAGCUGAACGUGGAUUGUGACAAUGAAAAAUUGAGGAAUAGUGUUUACAUUCAUUUUAUAAUUUAUUUUAAAGUUAUCUUUUUUAUCUCGAUAAAGGAGAGGCGUAUGAAAGUUUCUUUACACAGUGCAACACAUAUAAAUUUCUAAUUAUGUAUAAUGUACCACAUAAGUUUCGUCAAGUUUGUCGAUUGUGCCUCACAUUGGUUAACGAGUGCGAUGUUGCAGAACUACAAAUUUACGAUGUUUCGUCGCAUAAUAGUGCUCAAGACAGGAAUACGGCCGAUUUCCGCAGAGACGAGAAGCGUGCCAACUGCUAUUGCAGUGCUUUGAGCCACAAUCUGUGCAGCUGCAUCGGUGAUAACUCGCUAUCAGUAUCCGCAGUGACCAAUAAUGAAACGGGAACGGGUCCAAGCCAACUCCAACCCAAGUCGCAGUCCCAAAUGCAAACCCUUCACCUUCACCAAAACCAAACGACAACCCAUUACACGCCAAGUGUGCCUUCUGCUGCGGACACAAAAUCGAGUGAACGCGAACGCCAAUUGGAGUCGGACAUCGCCGAAAGAUCAGUAUUCAAAAGUCUGUCAUCGUCGACCCACGAACAGCAUAUAGCACGCGGGGAGGUCCGGUCCCAUACCCAUUCCCAAUCAAAAUCGGAACUCCCGCGGGAGGAGCGUAAUCAUAAUCAGCACCAGCACCAGCAUCAGCAUCAGCGCGAGGAGACAAGUGUGGAUGUAGAUAUAACAAAAAUAAGCGGAACCGAUAACUACGGCAAAGAGCACGGCAGAGAUGAUUCAUCACCACAUCUUACAUUUCAGAUAUUCAACUGUCUCUCUAUUAAGGCACUGCCUAACGAUGGAUUACCCAACGUGAUUUGUGGUGAUUGCAGACAAAAAUUGGAUUCUUUCGAAAAGUUUCGUACCAUGGCGCACAACUCACAAAUAGCUUUGCAAGAAUUUUUAAAUAUAUCAAAACAUUUGAAACUAGACUCAAAUGAUUUGGAAAUUAAGCUUGAUGCAAUUUUAAAGGCUUCAUCAGAGGCUAUAGCGGCAAAGGCUCUGACGGAGCUAAGCACGUUUUCUAAAGUUAAGUACGAACACAGUAAAAUAGAUUCCACCAUCCAGCAUGGCUUGGAUAGGAAAAUGGAGAUUAGCAAUCAAGAUAUGCCAGCACAUAGCUUAUAUCCAAGUUUAUUCAAAUCAAUUAAUAUGAAAAGCGAUCAAAAGAAGGUAAUGUCUGGAUCCUCACAUAGCCAGUUUGAAUCAAAGCUGCAAAAGGACUCGGAAACCGAGAAAUAUGAAAAUCUGCAGCAGCAGCUAGAAACGGCUGCCGUUCUAAUGGAUAUAAGCAAAAAAAUUGUAAUUUCCCCUCCAUGCUCGAAUCCCCAAUCUCCGUGUUUCUCUGCAGCUGUAGAUACAAGUAUUAAAAGUUCUGUGAUAAAAUCAAAACGUCCAUUAAACCAAAAUGAAAUUCAGGACGGAGUUGAAAUUGACUUAUCCGUCAAAAAACAAAAGAACGAUUACUCUAAUCAACGGAACUCGGCCCCAAUACACCAUUUUUGCCAAACUCCAAUGCUUGAUAUUCAGUCACACUUAAGAAGUGAAGAGGAUUUUCAAAACUACAGUAUUACCAUUAACCAAGUUGGUGGGUCCGACUACAAAUCAAAGGCACCGAAAGCCAGUACCGGCUCCUUACUAGACUCUGGCGACAGCUCCGACUCUCACAAACUGGAGAUGGACAUCGCGUCGUCAAUUAAUGAUAGAAAGACCCCGGAUAGUCUAAGCUCGGAUCACGCAACGGAUGCGGCAACUACUCAACUCUGGCAAGCUCUGGCCCGAUCAGCCGCUAAAAGCAAAGAGGAAAAUCAGGCAACACAAAUAAUCCGGAGCAUGAUGAGUCAGUCUUUCGUGUUUCCGGCUCCGUCGACAGUAUCAUUUACAAAAGUACCUGAAGAACCCAUAGCACUAUUAAAGGAUCUAUCAGAGGCUCAAUCCAGCAAAUCAAAACCCUGUAGAAGAAAACAAAGUUUUCCUACCAAAACUGAUUGCAUCGAUGUAGUUAAUGAGAAUGUGACUGAUACUUAUACCACUUCAGAAGCAGCUCCAGAGGAAAAGAAAGAUAAAAGGAACAUUAACCUUUUUAAUGCCAUACCUGGUGCUCAAAAAGAUAUGUCAUGUUCCAACUGCGGCACCCUCACUACUACAAUCUGGAGACGAAGUGUUCGAGGAGAAAUGGUUUGCAACGCGUGCGGGUUGUAUUUCAAGUUGCACGGGGUCAACAGGCCGCAUUCAAUGAGACGCGAUACCAUACACACCAGACGCAGGCGUCCUAAAGAAUUGGAGCGAUCUAAAAAAAAACACAAGCAAAUGUCAUCAUGUUCUUCAAUGGAACCAGCGAAACCAGAUUUCUUGACGUCUAGGGAACACCUUGAUAUUUCUGGGUUGGUUUUAAAUAAAUACAAAAAGGAAAUCGACGAAUCCGACACCGCAGCAGCACUUAAAGAUAUUUUAUUAAGGCGGAAGAAGUCAAAUUCUUUGCCGGCGUUUAAUGAUACCUGUGAAAGUGCGGAUCAUUCCGCACCGCUUAACCUUGUUUCCAGUGAAAAUAAUGCAAAGUUAACAUAAAACGCCAAAUAUAUUCCCCUACUCACUUUUCGAAAUCAAACCUUUAACACACAUUUUGUUUAUUUAUGAGGUCGCAUAAGAAAAACAAAAGGUAUAGGAUUAAAAAUAAGUAUAGAUUAUUAAUAAAAUUUUUCAUUCUUUAAAA